CUUUUUGUCGCACUGAGGCUUCCGUAGAUCGUAAGGGGGAAGCGUAGUGUGCCGAAACGUCAACGAAGCCUUAUGAGACCUGUUUAUGCAGAUCAUGACGACCAACGCUGACCACCGCUCCAUCUUCGAUUUGUGCCCAGGUGACGAGGCUCUGCUCGGUCUGAGAGAAGUGAACAGUGUCCUGAAGCAGCCUGUGAUCACCGAGCCAGCCUCACACAACCUCCACACAGGGCCGGCAGAUAAAUGCCCGGAGGAUGACAGGCAGCGGGAGUCCAGCCUGACUCGAGAGGUGUCAGACAAGAUGGUGUGCUCGGCCUGCAGGUGCCCCUUUAUUCAUCGGGAGGAGCAGACGGAGCACUACAAGCUCGACUGGCAUCGCUUCAACCUGAGGCAGAAACUGUCAGGACUGCCGCCAGUCACUAUGGAGGAGUUUGAGAAGAAGACUGGAGCUGGAGACGUGUCAAGUAUCUCAGGCUCAGAUUCCGAUUCAGAGGAAGAAAACUCAAAUAGCGACAGCGGGGGAACGAGCAGUAACGUCACCGGCACGGAUAACGAGAGCUCGUUUGAAAAUGCUUGUCGGCUCUCCAGCAAAAUGGUUUUCCAGAACUCAGCGGGACAGUAUCUGUCAGUGCACCGCUGCAUUCUGCAGGGGAAGUCAGAUGCUGAGCAGGAUGCAGGAUCCUCUCUGAUGGUCGUGAGUAAGGAGACUGUGUGGGUCAUUCUGAUGACGGGUGGAGGCCACUUUGCUGGUGCUGUAUUCAAAGGAAAAGACGUCCUCCAGCACAAGACCUUCCACCGAUACACGGUGCGAGCGAAGCGGGGAACAGCUCAAGGACUCCGAGACUCUCAGAACCGCAGCCACGCGCCGAAGUCUGCAGGAGCUGCUCUGAGGCGAUACAAUGAGGCGGCGCUUGUCAAGGACAUUCAGGAUCUCCUGAUGACCUGGGCUGAACAUUUGAAGGAGGCCACCACAGUAUUCAUACGAGCGUCAAGCUACAACAAGACCAUCUUUUUUGCCGGCCGGGCAGCUCCCCUCGACAGAAAAGAUCCCAGGAUCCGCACACUUCCCUUCGCCACACGAAGGGCGACGUUUCGAGAGGUACUGAGGGUGCACGAGGUGCUUUCCACAGUUCAUGUUUAUGGGAGAGACGCAGACAUGUCUGCAGUCUUCAGUCCAUCUAAGAAGGCGUGGAAAAAAAUGGGCAAACUGGUGGCACCAAAAAACACUGAUCAAGAGCAAGCUGAAGAAAACCCUGACAGCUCAGAGAAAGAAGAGGCAGGAGAGAUCCAGCUGGUGUUGGAAGAGAUGACAAUAGGAACCCUGGACCUCAGGGAGUAUGAAGUAUAUCCCCCCAGGCACAGGAGGAGGCGGAGGAGAAAGAAGGAGGAAGCCGAUAUGCAAACUGAGGAAUUGAUUAAUACAGAAGGAGACGAUCAAGAAGAAGAGGAGUUACCGGAGGCAGCGCCAGAUGAAGACACCCGGCGAGAAACACAACCAAAGAACAAGAGGAAGAAAAAAACACAGAGCAAGAAACAAGUGGAAGAAACCGUGGAUGAGUCCUGGGAGUAUGGCCUGAGGGAUGCCCUCUUUACGGCCUGCAAGGUCGGGGACGUGGACACUCUAAGUAGACACCUCAAGCCACUUGGAGAAACAGCAAAGAGUGGAGAGCAGUCGGUGAGCAGCCCCUCUGAUGCGCCGAGUCCUCGGACUCUCCUCAAUAAGCCCAUAGACUCGUCAGGGUUCACUUUGCUGCAUGUUGCAUCAGCAGCUGCACAGAAGGCAGCGGUCAGGCUGCUCCUCGACGCAGGAGCUGACCCAGCCUGCAGGGAUAACAAAGGGCAGACCCCGUACAUUGUGGCCCCCGACAAAGACACAAGAAAUGUCUUUCGCAAAUACAUGGGUGAGAAUCCUGACAAGUACGACUACACUAAAGCACAGGUCCCCGGGCCACUGACGGCGGAGAUCGAAUCCAAAAUUACGGAGAAGAAAAAGGCUCAAAAGGCAAUGAAGAAACAGAGAGAAAAAGAGCAGAAGGAGGAGAAGAGGAAACAAGAGGCGGAGGCAGAGGAGAUGAAGAGGUUUGCGUCUCUGCCUGACCGGGAAAAGAGGGCUCUGGCAGCAGAGAGAAGGUUAGCGUCGCAAGUAGCUGCAUCAGGAGUCGGCCUGUCUAACACCAAGAGGUGCUGGCAGUGUGGGGAGUCCCUGCUCGGGAAGACCCCUUUCCAGUACCUGGAGUAUUCCUUCUGCUCCCCUCGCUGCGUUCAAGCGCAUCGAAAAGCAAAUGCUCCUCCAGCCAAGACCUAACAUCCGUGUGGAAAUGUACAGUUGGAAGGAAACUACCUCAUGAAAAGUACAAUUGAAUUUGUGCAGCCAUGAUAAGACUUGACCACAGUUCUAGUUUUCAUUUUCAACUCCACACACAUUUCAGAUAUUUUCAGAUAUUCAAAUAAAACCACGGACAAUGUUCGUACUGUUUAAAAAUGUAA